AUGUCUUCUCCAAUAAACUUUGGAAACCGAACUUUUACUCAAAGGGAACUCGAAAUUGCAACAGCUGAGUUCGAUGAGGCAAACUUACUGGGAAUGGGAAGCUAUGUAUUAGUUUAUAAAGCAAUCAUUGAUGAUGGAAAUUCUGUUGUGGCGGUAAAGUUCAUGGCUAUAGUUCUGGAGUAUGCGGGCAAUGGGAACUUGGAACAACAUCUUUAUCCGAAUGGAUCAAAGAUAGGCAGUUGUAUAUUGAUAUUGAGGGAUAGGCUGGGAAUAACUAUAGAUGUUGCCCAUGGAUUGGAAUAUCUACACGAGUAUUGUUCAGAUCAAGUCAUACAUUGUGAUCUGAAGCCACAAAAUGUGCUUCUGGACACUGAUAUGGUUGCUCAUGUUGCAGAUUUUGGGGUUGGAAAGCUCAUUUUAGCUGACAAACUAAGAGAACAUAGAAAGUUGGAGCUCUUCCUGUUAGAGACGCUGUCUUCCUCGAGAGUUGCUGAAGAAGAAGAUGAUCUGAUUGAGGGAGAGUCUGAGUCGAUGUCUGUAGAAGUCCUCGGGCCUAAAAGCUUUUUAUACAUUUCCAUGUUGCGUGUGUCAGUUUGCAGUGAUGGGACCUGA